AUGCCCGGUUGCUCUCCUGCCUGCCGCCGAGCAGUGCAGAGCAACAUUGCCAUAAAUUCGACACCUUUAUGGAUCUCCGACGAUGCUCUUUCUCAGGCCUUCCAACGCUUCGUUCGAGUAUCACAUGCGGCAAGACGACAUGGGAGUUUUGUUCCUGGACCCCUCGAGGCUCGGCGGCGGUUGGGGAAAAGACGAAUGGCAUAUGCAUCUGAAAGCACACCAGCUGGUCCGUUCAACCUGGGAUGGAUAUGGGAUAUUUUACGAUUCCUUCGCGAGAAGGACAGAACCAAGUUCACAUACGAAGCGCCAACUCCCCGCUCUGAUAUAGCAGCGCGCACGCUAGACGAAUCGCCAGAUUGGCUGUCGAAAUGGUUCAAUACAGACCUACCGGUUGCAGACACAUGCGAACCAGGCCUGGCCCUGGAUGAUACAGUUAGCCCAACUACGACAGCAGACCUGGGGACAUCCAAUGCGCGCGACAUGCCCUCAGAUCCCGCUCUUCAACCUGCCACUCUGGAAGAAGUUUAUCAACAAAAGGUCCUAGAUUUUCGGGCAUCGUUGACGAGUACUCGAGAAGAUAAAGGGGCAUUAUUCGAGGAAUUUAGGCGGUGGAUCUACUUAUCUGUCAGUCGGGGAGAAUUAAGGCAACGGCACUAUAAAGAUGUAAUGUCUGUCCAUUUCAUGCGAGACAUUCGGCGCGCAUUUCAAAGUGAUGUGGAGGCAAAUAAGCAUUUUCUGCUUCUUUUCAGGGCUAUUUGGAAGGGCUCCAUGGACUCCGAGGGAACCAGAUCUCGAACUGAUGAUGGAUCUCUAAUGGAUCGACUCCUAUCAAGCAUUUCCAAUUUGUCACUAGAGGAUGAAAAUGUGCAGGCCCUUGCUGUAGACGUUAUACGUUCACUAUCCGAAAAACAGAUGCUUCAAUUACGAAACAGAAAAGCUGGUUUUCAUCAAUUGGUUAAUACAUGGACACGCACUUGGAUUAAUUGCAUUUCCGCAUCUUCAGACAAUGCUUCCACUAAGCUCGCAUCGGAUAACGAGACUCUUGAUAGCUCCUACAGCUACACUUACCGACUGCUCCAAGGCCUUUCGGAUCAAGUGGCUGGUUGUCAGAAGAUAGAGGAUCCAACACGCAAGCGCCAUAUUGUCAAAAGUCUGGAAGCUACACUUGGUUUGUGCAAGACGAAUCUCGCUGAAAUUCUCAGACAAAUUGAGCUACGAGAAGACGAGCUCUCCCCGUUCAAAGUGUCUGUGGCAGCCCUCUCACACGCGCUGGCUGGAAUCACUGGCACUAGAACUCUUAACAUCGUGGUCCAAUCAUGCCUAAGCCAAGUUCUUGAGCUUUGCGCUGACCUGGAGGGCGACCUUGGGUUGGAUUUACGCUGUGCCUGGAUGUCUAUCAUUGCAUCAAUGCCAUCCGUCAACGGCAAGGUUUUUCGCAAAUCGUGGGAGAUGCUAAAUCUAUCAUCUGUUCCAGAUCAAGAGGGUUUUAUCGUGGACAUGCUUCAGAGGCAUUGGAAGAGUCGCGGAUACUUGGAUAACGCUGACCUAACGCGCAAUGCGUUCCUCUUCCAUUCUACUGAUGGUGGACGAAGUGUGAGGUCUUUCCUUCAAAUUGCCAGCAAAUGGGAGCUCAACGAAUGGAAAAGAACGAAGAGACUGGCAAGUCUUGUCUGUCUGCUUGCAAAUAACGGUCACCCCAGAGCAAUAGUUCAUGUGGUUUCUCAAUUACGUCGAGAUAGUGUACACAUGCCCGCAAACAUCAUCACCUCGGCUUUGCGAGCUUUGGCCGUCUACAAGCCUAAAGUCGCAUUCGAAGCGUACUAUAUGUGCGUAAACAUGCCCUCGGGAACCACCUAUCGAAAAAGCAUCAAGCUCGAUCGUCAUGCAGAGUUAGUUCUUUCAUUGAUCAGACACACUUCGAUCCCACCAAAUAUAAUAUGGGAGGCGAUGGGGGUACCUAUAUAUUCGGCAGACGUCCCAAGGGCACAUUGGCCUAAGUGGGCACUCUACAGAAAAGGCGGGCUGCCACCUCAGACCGUUGAAUUGAUUGGCAAUAUGGCAAUGGCCUUUGCAAAUUCGGAAAGGACGUCAAGCCGCGUGGCAUUGAGGAAUGUCACGCAAUGUUUGAAUAUACUGGUUGUACAUAAUGCACCUAUACCUGUAAAUAUUACAAAGGCCAUCACUAUAGCAGGCCUUACCCGGCCUCUGAUCGAGAACAAAGGUCUCGUCAGCUUAGAGAGGUUAAAGUGGGCUUUGCCAUUAAUCGAGCGGGCUGAGGGGACGGAGGUCGCAGAAAGUGUGGACGAAAUCAUUUAUGAAUACAGGUCUGCUUUCAAGCGAUUGCGAGCGGAGAGAACGGGGAGAUUUUUGCCUCUACGCUAG